UCCCUUCUGACCAUCAUGUGCUAUGACCGCUACGUUUCCAUCUGCAAACCCCUGCACUACGGGACCCUCCUGGGCAGCAGAGCUUGUGCCCACAUGGCAGCAGCUGCCUGGGCCAGUGGCUUUCUCUAUUCGCUGCUGCACACAGCCAAUACAUUUUCCCUGCCCCUGUGCCAUGGCAAUGCCCUGGGCCAGUUCUUCUGUGAAAUCCCACAGAUCCUAAAGCUCUCCUGCUCCAAAUCCCAACUAAGGGAAGUGGGACUUCUUGCUGUCAGUGCCUGUCUGGUAUUUGGCUGUUUUGUGUUCAUUGUUUUCUCCUAUGUGCAGAUCUUCAGAGCUGUGCUGAGGAUCCCCUCUGAGCAGGGACGGCACAAAGCCUUUUCCACCUGCCUCCCUCACCUGGGUGUGCUGUCCCUGUUUAUCAGCACAGCCACAUUUGCCUAUUUGAAGCCUCCCAACAUUUCCUCCCCAUCCCUGGAUCUGGCCCUGUCAGUUCUGUACUCGGUGGUGCCUCCAGCCCUGAACCCCCUCAUCUACAGCCUGAGGAACCAGGAGCUCAAGGCUGCAGUGUGGACACUGAUGAGGCACACAAAAGCCUCCGAGUGCUGCUUUCGGGCCUACAUCUCCCGUCAUCCCCCGCGGCCACAGAGCCCUCUCAUGGCCGAGGUCCGGCCCUGCCACUCCCGUUCACGUCCCGCGCCCCACGGAGACCCCUCAGAGCCCCCCCAGGUGCCCUCCAAGGGCGCCCCGAGGCCACAGGGUCCUCUCAGGUGCCCUCCCGGAUCCUCGAGCGCUCGUCACAGGCAGUUCCAGGACUACAGCUCCCAUCGUGCCCUGCGGCGCCAUUAA